UCGUGUCUCCCCAAAAUCGCGCCCCAGCCCCCAAACGGAAAACUCUCGAACCCGUAAAGGCUCCGCUUCUUCUCCAAGCUCCUCACCUCACCGCCAGCUUUGACCUCGCCGGCGUCCACCCAAAUCCGCCUCGCCCCGCCCCGCCCAUGGCUCAGACCACCCACUAGUUCUCGCCGCCUCCCCCAUGACGUCCGAGCGCCCGCUUAUCGACGCCGCCUCCGCGCACCCGCCGCCGCCGGCGUCGCAACUCCCGCCAUCGCAGCCGGAGCCUUCCGUUCGCGCUGACCACCUGGGCUUCUCCGUUGAGGUCCCGGACCCCUUCCGCCCCUCCCGACGCGACCAGCCCGACCCGUCGGCGUCGGAGCGGGAGCUCCACGAGGGGGGUGAGUACCGCGCCGUCGCCGUGGGGGAGCCAUCGCCGGAGUUUGCCGGCAACGCUGUCCGGACGGCCAAGUACUCCGCGCUCACCUUCCUGCCGCGCAACCUGUUCGAGCAGUUCCGACGGCUGUCGUACGUCUACUUCCUCGCCAUCACCGUGCUCAACCAGCUCCCCCAGGUCGCCGUCUUUGGCCGUGGCGCGUCUGUGCUCCCGCUGGCCUUCGUGCUCUUCGUCACCGCUGUGAAGGACGCCUACGAGGACAUCCGCCGCCACCGCUCCGACCGCAGGGAGAACAACCGCCUCGCCGCCGUCCUCGCGCCACAAACCGCCGGCGAGUACCUCCCCAAGAAAUGGAAGCACAUACGCGUCGGGGACGUCGUGCGCGUCGCGUCCAACGAGACGCUCCCGGCCGACAUGGUUCUGCUCGCCACUAGUGACCCCACUGGCCUCGCGCACGUCCAGACCGUCAAUCUUGACGGGGAGACCAACCUCAAGACGAGGUAUGCCAAGCAGGAGACGCAGUUGAGGUUCUCUCACGACGGCCACGUAGCUGGUAUGCUGCAUUGCGAGCGGCCCAACAGGAACAUUUAUGGGUUCCAGGCGAAUUUGGAGAUCGACGGCAAUCGUGUCUCACUCGGACCGUCCAACAUUGUGCUCCGUGGUUGUGAGCUCAAGAAUACCACAUGGGCUAUAGGGGUCGUGGUUUAUGCUGGAAAGGAGACUAAGGUCAUGCUCAACAACUCUGGGCCGCCAUCCAAGCGUAGCCGCUUGGAGACACAGUUGAAUCGGGAGACAGUCAUAUUGUCCAUUAUGCUCAUUGGGAUGUGCAUAACUGCAUCUGUGCUCGCAGGGAUUUGGCUGCUGAAUCACCAGCGGGAGCUUGAGUUCACCCAAUUCUUUAGAGAAAAGGAUUACACAACCGGGAAGAACUACAAUUACUAUGGAAUCGGAAUGCAGAUAUUCGUUACAUUCCUCAUGGCCGUCAUAGUGUAUCAGGUCAUCAUUCCUAUCUCGUUGUAUAUAUCAAUGGAGUUGGUACGACUUGGGCAAGCAUAUUUCAUGGGCGCUGACAAUGACUUGUAUGACGAAUCGUCAAGGUCCAGGUUCCAGUGCAGGGCUCUGAAUAUAAAUGAGGACUUGGGGCAGAUUAAGUAUGUUUUCUCUGAUAAGACAGGGACGCUGACAGAGAACAAGAUGGAGUUCAUGUGUGCAUCCAUUCACGGAGUUGAUUACAGUUCUGGCAAACCUGCAUGUGGGUCCUCAGUUGUAGUUGAUGAUCUUCUGUGGACACCAAAAAUGGCAGUUAGGACUGACCCUCAGCUUUUGAAGUUAUUGAACAAUGACAGCUCAAAUGAGGAAGCAAAGCUUGUCCUUGAAUUCUUCCUUGCUCUUGCUGCCUGCAAUACAAUUGUGCCACUUGUCCUGGACACUAGAGAUCCUAAACAAAAGUUGAUUGAUUAUCAGGGUGAGUCCCCUGAUGAGCAGGCACUAGCUUAUGCUGCAGCAACUUAUGGCAUUGUGCUUGUUGAGCGAACAUCUGGUUACGUAGUGAUCGAUGUCCUUGGUGACAGACAGAGAUUUGAUAUAUUAGGACUUCAUGAGUUUGAUAGUGAUCGUAAGAGGAUGUCUGUCAUUGUCGGCUGCCCUGAUAAGACUGUUAAGUUAUAUGUCAAAGGUGCAGACAGUUCAAUGUUUGGAAUUAUCAACAAAUCAUUAGAGCUGGACAAUGUUCGUGCUACAGAGGCACAUCUCCACAAAUAUUCAUCACUUGGCCUAAGAACUCUUGUUGUUGGUAUGCGUGAAUUGAGUCAACCUGAAUUUGAGGAGUGGCAGUUGGCAUAUGAGAAGGCUAGCACAGCAGUACUUGGCAGGGGAAAUUUACUCCGAUCAAUUGCAGCCAACGUAGAGUGCAAUAUCCACAUAUUGGGGGCCUCUGGGAUUGAAGAUAAGCUUCAAGAUGGGGUACCAGAAGCAAUAGAAUCUCUUCGGCAAGCAGGCAUGAAAGUUUGGAUUUUAACAGGGGAUAAGCAGGAGACAGCAAUUUCUAUUGGCUACUCUUGUAAGCUGCUGACGAAUGACAUGACACAAAUUGUGAUAAAUAACAAUUCUAAGGAGUCUUGCAAGACUAGCACCAAGAUCCCAUCUUCCACCAUGGCCGACACCACCCCCAGCCUCCUCUCCAACACCGCCGGCGCUCUCACCACCCAGCCUAUCGGCACCCUUGCCACCAGUUCAAGCUCCUCUGCCGCACCCACGAUCACCUCGAUCGGAAACCUCAUCACCCUACAUCUCACCAGGGACAACUUCCUUCUGUGGAAGACCCAAGCUGUCCCUGCCCUCGCCUCGAACGGCUUGUUCGGAUAUGUCUCCGGCUCUGAAACGGCGCCGCCACACACCAUCACAGAAGGCACCGGCGAUGCGGCCCAGGAGGUGGCCAAUCCGGCGUUCCUUCGGUGGUACCAGCAGGAUCAGCUGGUGAUGAUCGCCCUCCUCGGCUCCAUGACCGAGGAUAUCCUUGGACAGAUGACGCAGCUCCGCACGUCUGAACAGGUCUGGACUACUCUUCAUGACAUGUUUGCCUCACAAAAUCGUGCCCGCGUCAUGCAGCUGCGCUACCAGCUCUCCAACCUGAAGAAGAAGGACCUCACCGCCUCUGAGGACUACCGCAAGAUGCGGGGCUUUGCUGAUGCCAUGGCGUCCAUUGGCAAGCCCCUCACCGACGAGGAGGUGCUUGGCUACAUACUCGCCGGACUAGGUCCUGAGUUUGAGCCAUUGGUCGCGUCGGUCACGGCGUGCGAUGAUCCCAUCAGCCUCAGCAGCUUCUACGCGUUCCUCCUCAGUGCCGAACUCCGCCUUGAGCAGCAGGCUUCCGUCGGCGCGAUCCACCCUUCGGCGAACUUCGCCGCUC